AUGGACCGUCGUAUCAAAUGCGUUCGCUCGGAGGACUUGAGUGUCCUCUAUUGGGCGCCGGAGUUCUACCGAAACUACACCGCUCUACUCCAACACCUGGGCGUGAAGGCGUCCACGGUGGAGCUGCCCUAUGUGAUCCACAGCAACGUGCACGGCAGCAGUGAGUUCUAUGUGCAGCCCGGCACCUCCAGUGGCCUGCAUGAGAUCUUAAAGCCCAGCCUGGAGCACCGUUAUCCGCACGACUUCCAGCGUUACGACUGGAUGAUCUCCUGCAUCGGAAGCAUCAACUCCUUCUUCCGCUGGGGCUCCCAGCGACCCUCCUUCUACACCACGAACCAGGUGACACUGCUGCCCUUCUUGUGCCCCUUCAACUACGUCGGGCUCAAGACGGCGGCGGUGCGGAUCUUUGGAUGCUCCGAGGAGUUCUGGGAGAACGUCAUCAAGCCCUUCCAUGGCUUGAAUCUGAGCACCGUCCAUAUUGAUGACGUGCCAGGGACGGCCUUUGAGACCUUGGACGCCAUCUCGCCGCUGCGUUCCUCCCGCAGCAGUAUGACCUGGAACCUCGGCAACUCGCAGGAAGUCUUCCAAAGGGCCACUGCGAAAUGCUCUGUGAAGCUGGGUUGCCGCGUCAGGCAGAUCAACUUCCUCCAAGAGAAGGGCUGCCCUCAGCAGGUCGUGGUGGACGAUCAGGGUCACUCAGAGACCUUCGACCGAGUAGUCUUGGCGUGUCCCGCCACCACGUCUGCAAACCUCCUACGCCCGGCGAACUGGAUCGAAUGGAGCUUGUUGCAAGGCGUGGAGUACCACGACGAGGAUUGGUUGGAUGUACCUGUGCAUCAAGACGCCAGUUGCCUGCCUAUGAAGCAUCAUCAGUCUUUACUGGAACGUGCGGCCUUUCUGAUCGAUGUGGACGCCGAUGGCCGCGCGGGCGGCGGAGUCAACGUCGAGUAUACGCAUAACCUGGGAGCCUUCAGCCCUUCCGCCCGAUCCCUUGGGGUGGCGCCAGCGGAUUGUCCCAUGUUCAUGACGCAAUGCUUGCACCACACCCGGCGGCUCGAUCCAUCCAAAGAAGUGCAGCGCUUCAGUGCUCCGCGCGGGCAUCCUUGCCUCUCGACGCACAACAUGAUCAUCACACAGAUGCUACACCUGGUGCAGGGCCGCAGGGGCCUCUACUGUUCCAACUGGACCUCACCGGGCAACGGCCACGACUUGGCGUGCACGUCAGGGCUGGCGGUGGCGAGCGCCAUUGGCGCUCAAUAUCCACUGCAGGAAGAGUUUCGUUCAAGGAUCGAAUCAUGGGAAGGCCAGACGCCUCUGGAGCAGAAAAGCCAGCCCCAAGCGCCGGAGCCGGAGGCCGAGGACGCCGACCCCGAGCCGCAGAGCACCCGGCUGAAGCCGGAGCACCCGGGGCAUGACUCGGCAGCGCCUCAGAGCACGAUGCCGGAUCCCCCCCCCAUCCAUCCGUAUUUUGUGGAGGUCUUCCGUGGCAUGGGACAGGUGGUGUUCUGCAACAGUAGCCUCUCGGGCGUCUUCAUCGCUGGAGCUUUGAUGCUUGGCGAUCCACAGACCGGCGUCAUGGCGCUGCUAGGCUGCAGCUCGGCCACUCUGCUGGCGCGUUCGGUGGGCUUGGAGAGGGGCUUCGUGAGCGAUGGCCUGGCAGGCUACAACGGCGCCCUGGUGGGUUGCGCCUUGUCGGUCUUUCAACCAGCACUGCCGCUGAUGCCGGCGGCCUUGGGUGCGCUGGGACCCUUUAGCUCCGGUGCACUGGGGGACUUGCUUCUGACGCUGCUCGUGGGCGGGCUCUCAGCUCCGGUGGCAGCGAAGCUAGGGCCUCUGAUGGCACCAGUGCCGCAGUGGACCGUGGUCUUCAAUGUGUUGGCUCUCACCGUCCUUAGUGGCUGCGCCGCGAUCAAAUAUCUCUCAAGCCCGCAGAGCCCCAGCAAGCCUCGCAAGCCCAAGCAGCCCAAGCAGAGGGAUUUGAUCCGCCUCAUCAAGGAGCAUCCAAGCCAUUUCAUCGGCGACUUGAUCGAGGCGAUGAUGGUGAGCGUCUCACAGAUCUUCGUGGUCAAUAGCCCCCUCACAGGACUUCUGAUCACGGUGGGGAUCUUCUGCUACUCCCCAGCCGCCGCCGGGCUCACACUUGGUGGUGCCAUGCUGGGGAAUCUGUCUGCCUUGAUCUCGGGCAUUGACUAUGACCAGGUGAUGGAAGGCUUAUGGGGCUACAAUGCUGCCCUGUCCAGCCUCGCAGUAGGGAUCUUUUUCGUCCCCAGGGGUCUGCCCUAUGCGGGCCUGGUAGCUGCAGGCGCCGUGGGCUCCACGAUGGUCACAGUGGCAGUGAAGCAGCUGAUGGACCUGGCGGAUCUGCCCUGCAUGACGGUGCCCUUCUGCUUGAUGGCGUCUGCCUGCUUCCUCCUGGGCGGACGUGUGCCGGGACUGGUGCAUGCCAAGGCUCCUCACUCACCUGAAGUGAAUUUGCACGCCUAUCGCGCUUUCUGA